UUUUAUGUUUUACUUUCAAGAUGACCAAGAUCAAAGAACUCAUCGUAGGCCUGGAAAUGGAAACACUACCAGAAGAAAAUAAUAUUAAUUACAGUGAUUUAAGCUUGAAUGAUUUAAAAAUACAAAUGCAAAAACUUAAAGCGCUGAAUAAUGAUUUCAAAAUAGAAAACAAGCCAGCUAUUGUGGAAUACCCUGCCAAAGAUAUAAUUGAAAAACUAAUAACUGACCUCUUUGAAUAUGAUACUAAUUUUCUAAAAGACUAUCAUAAUGUUCUUCAAAGUAAUGACACAGCCAGUAUAAGAGAGGUUACAAAUAAUAUACUGUCGAGCAUACAGCAAACGAUAAGACAUCAGAGGAGCACGGGAAAGCCACUCAACGAGUGGACGAAGGUGAUGCUGGCGGCCUGGCUGUCGGCGGCUACGCUGUGGAGCGCGCCGCGUGUGCCAGAAGCCGCUCGAACCUUUCAGAGCUUGCUCGACUCUAUGGACGCUAACGAGAUGAAGCGCGUCGCAGAGAUGUGGUGGCGCUCGGUACCCGUGGACGCGCUGCUCGAGCUGGCGGCGGUAGCGCGCGCGCCCCCCGCGCCCCGCGCGCUGGCCGACAUGCUGCUGCGCGCCGCGCUGCACCAGCUGGCGCCGCGCGGGCCGGCGCCGCAGUGGGAGGCGGGCGCGCUGCUGGCGGCCGAGCUGGAGGAGGCGGUGGGCCGAGUCGGCGCCAGCGCGGAGCUGCUUCGCGUAGCGGGGCGCGUGCUGGCGACCGACCCCAGCAAGUCGCUGCUGGCCAGCCUCGCGCACCUGCCGUGCGGGGGCGGCGCGAGGGAUCGCUGCGAGCGUUUGCAGAUCAGCGUUAACGUACCGAAGUUCCACUUGUUGUUCGGCGAGGGUGGGACUCGAUUGAAAAGCAAGAGGGGACGCAAAAGAAAGAUCGACACGUCCAGUAUCGACGACGCCGUCGACGUCGAUAUUCGCCAGCGUCUCAGAAAAACUACACCACGUUGUUACAAACAAUAAAAAUAUUUAAUCACAA